UCCAGCACACACUUGACCCGACGUGCGGGAGUUAUGAGUCCUGCAGCAAAACACCGAGGUCGAACUCUGCAUCGCCGCAUGAAAUCCUUUAUCACAAAACUUUCUCCCAAUUCAACGCCUGCGCAGACACGCAGACCUCCCCUCGGCUCGGCUCGUGUUUUGUCUGUCUGAGUGAGCAAUGGAGGGGAAUCCGACGGGAGACAGCGGCGAUGUCGCGGCGACGCAUGUGAAGAUCGAAGCUGUCGACGAGAACACAUCUGCGCUGGUUCUGGGCAGCCAGGAGUCGCCUGCGCCCUGUGGAAGUACCGCAUGCAGAGGAGGAGUGGGAGGAGUGGAUCAGACUGCAGAGGAGCUGGCUGACACAGAGCUGCUUGCAGCCGCGACAACUACUCCUGUUCUGCUGUACCCCGUGGGUACAGACCGCUUCUUCACCACAGCAGGGGACGGGAAAACGUACUUGAAGAUAGCUCCAGCUUCAGCAAUGCCUCCUGUUCCUUCAGAAAAGACGCUCCCCACGGGCUCAGAUUUCUCGUCCAAAGCGGUCUUGUGUCUGAUCGAGGCCGUCGGCCGCCGCUGGGGCCUGUACGAAACCAGGGAGCGCUCUCAGCUCUUCCAAAGCGUCCAGGAGGAGAUGGCCUCCAAGGGGCACGUGCUCCCCGUGGAAAAGAUUCGACGCAAGUGGAACAACCUCAUCGUCACGUACAAGAGGGUGAAGGACCGCAGCCGGGAGACGGGCCACGCUAAGACAUCCUGGGAGUUCUUUGAUCUGAUGGAUGCCACGCUCUGUGACACGGUCGGCACUCAGAUCAACAGCAAGAGACACAAAGGCGGAAACGCUGCCUCCGCCCUACCUGCUCCCUUAGCGAAGAUAGCGGCAAAGCCCAAGUUUCCAGCGCCCGCCACCACCAUCCGCCCUAACGGGGACUUUGCUUCCGCUGAGGGUGUUGACUUGGCGGGUCAGGGAGCGAUCAGCAGUCAAAUGAUCAGUAGCACCGCUGCUGUUUCUUCAAUGACCAUAGCCACCAUUAGCCCAACACAAGCUCCCGACCUCAAGCCCCUGAUUGUCCUCAACAGCGACAUUGUCACCACAAGUGCUCACCCAGCAUCCAUUGUGCCAUCUCCGCCUUUCAUCUCUGCACCUUGCUUUACAGAGACAGCUUCUACUUCCCCUUCCCUUGGCUUGACCAGUAACACAGACCUCCACUCAUCACACUACACAUGCCGUAAAACUCAUCCUUUCCCGUCGGGUGUCAUCCCCUUUCGCCUUAGCAAUGCGCCAAUCAGCAACAACCAGAAUCUCCUCGGCCUCGCCUCCUCUUUUCCCCCUAGUGUUCCGUCUUCUCUUUCCACCUUAUCUGCAGCACCGUUGUCAGGCUCAGAAGGACAGUACCAGAAAGGAGACCAGGAGCAAUCCGGCACCACCGGGGUCCAGGAGAUCCUGAAGCGACAGGAGGAGCAGUCCUACCUGGACCGGGUGGCUCGGCGCAGAGUGGAAGCCAGAGAGAAGAGACGUGAGAGACGGGAGGUGCGGAUGGCGGAGUCGCUCGGUCGGAUAGCGACGGCCCUCGAGUUGCUCUCCUCGAAACAGGACACGGUCAUCGCCCUGCUUCAAAGACUGGCUGAUCGAAAGUGAUUGAGGAUGUAAAGCUAGAGAGAAGGGGCUCGUCUAACUGGAGAUCAUGACUUCUUUAUUCCCUGCCUUGUAGUGCACCAGCCUGAAAAACGUUUUUUGUCGUCAUGAACUCAAUGCAAAUAAUCGUGAUUAUAAUCAUAUGAACUGUUCACUUCUGUAAACCUCAAUGACUGGGCUGUUUUUAUGACAAGCUUUACAAUUGAGUGCAUUACUUUGUAAGACUAAUGAAAUCAAUAAAAACAUUCUUCUUCAACCUUCAA